GGGUAUGACUAUCACUUCUGGCAAUGUUGUAAUACAAAAAGACAACAGUAACCUUAUAGGUAUAAGUAUUGGAGGUGGAGCGCCAUUGUGUCCUUGUUUAUAUAUUGUACAAAUUUUUGAUAAUACACCUGCUGCAGUAGAUGGUACUUUACAAGCAGGAGAUGAACUUGUAGCUGUAAAUGGAAUGUCAGUUAGAGGAAAAACAAAAGUGGAAGUUGCAAAAAUGAUACAGUCUUGUGAUUCUCAAGUCAGUAUUAAUUAUAAUAAGUUACAUGCUGAUCCUAAACAAGGUCGCACUCUUGACAUAGCUUUAAAAAAGGUUAAACAUAGAUUAGUUGAAGGAAUGGGAAGUGCAACAGCAGAUGCACUUGGACUAUCUCGUGCUAUUCUUUGUAAUGAUGCACUUGUACAACGAUUAAUGGCAUUACAGCGCACAGAAAAUUUGUAUAGGGGUUUAGUUUCCCACGCUAAAUCUACCUUGCAUGCUUUUUUUGAUUUAAUCCAAAUAUAUAAAGUAUUUGGAGAUGCCUUUGCUGCAAUAGGAGUUAGAGAACCACAACCGCGGGCUAGUGAAGCUUUCAGGCAAUUUGGUGAACAACACAGACAAAUGGAAAAAUUUGGAAUAACAAUUUUAAAAACUUUAAAACCUAUAUUAAAUGAUUUAGGCACAUAUCUUCACAAAGCUAUUCCUGAUACUCGAUUAACUAUUAGUAAAUAUGCUGAUGCAAAAUUUGAAUAUCUUUCUUAUUGUUUAAAAGUGAAAGAAUUAGAUGAUGAAGAACAAAGUUGUGCAGCGCUACAAGAACCUCUUUAUCGAGUAGAAACAGGCAAUUAUGAAUAUCGAUUAGUGCUGAGGUGUCGCCAAGAAGCUCGUGCAAAGUUUGCUAAACUUAGAUCAGAUGUACUUGUAAAACUUGAAUUAUUAGACAAUAAACAUGUUCAAGAUGUUGUGUGGCAAUUGCAAAAAUUUGCUGCUGGGUUAGCAAAGUAUUAUUCCAAUACACGAGACUUAUUAUCUACUGUAACAUUAUUUCCUGUUGAAGUUGAUUUAUCACAUUCUGCAUUUCAAUACAAAUCUACUGGACCUCAAGUGAUAACCGAUGGAGAAGAUGAUGAAUUUGAACCUGAAGAAAAAGUAAAUACAAAUGAAGAUUUACUCAUAGAUACACAAAACUUCCCACUUAUAACAUCAGAAUUUAAUGAUAUGUAG